AUGACAGUCAUCACUUAUUCAAGCGCUGCUGGAAGGUUUCCGAAAAAAAUCCAAGUUCUGGAACAUCCCUCUGCCCUGGGGAAUGUUCCAGAAACCCUGUCCAAGAUUGGAGAACCUCGGACUAUGCUGGACCCCUUGGAGAACCCCACUCCAGAAUAUUGUGGGGUCAAAGGCCAGAGAUGGAUAGAUCAGAGAGACAACGAGGGAGGAGUGGCGGGAGAGAAGGCAAAAAGGAAGAGACAAACAUGGCGCAUAGGAGUCAGCCGAGAGAGGAUGGGGAGAAGAAGGAGAGAUGAGCAGUUUGACUUUAAGAGGAACAAAUGCAUCAAGGAAGUUGGAGGAAAAUACAUCGAAGGAGAGGACAGAAACGGGACAAAUGCGUCGGGUAUUCCUCAUGUUAUGUUAACCAGAAAAACUGAAAUAAUGCAAGUGGAAAAAAGGUUGGGGGAAACGAAGAGGUGGUGUGGUUUUUCUUGGCCAUUUUACCUGAAAAACAUCACAGAAAGAGGAAAAGCCACCAUGAAAAGGAUAAUAUGGCAUAAUAUCUUCCUCUGGUUUACUGUCCUCCUCUUCAGCCUGUGUCCAAAACCUGCUUCAUCACAGGGUCAUUUCCCACGUAUGGAGAACCUUGCUGCCUUUAAACCCGUGUCCACCUCUCCGCCCCGCUCCACCUGUGGAGUUCCAGAGCGGAGCAGCUACUGUCAGACGCCGUCCUCCCAGCCUGAGCUGACGACCUGUUAUCAGGCCUUCUGUGUCCAGGACUGUCCCUACAGAUCCUCCACACCUCCGUAUGCCCCGCUGCUACUGCCUGCACACAGGGGUUCCUGUGUGACUCAAGACAGUAAUGACACUCGCCCCGGGACAGAGACGGAGAACAGAACCAAUAACAGUUCAGAGGGAGUUCCUGGUGGAUCCAGUUCUGUGCUGUUUCGGCCCGUCCAGGAUGGAUGUCUGGUGUCCCCCCCCUCACAGAAACUAGGAGCCUUGGGUUCUCUCGCCCUGGCAUUGUGGAUCAAACCAAGCUCUUCUGGAGAGAUGAUGCUGCUGGAGAAGAGCUCAAGGGAGCGGAUGUUUUUUUCUGUGACGGUGUCCGAGCAGGCGGUCAACCUGCACUAUGGCCAGUCCAGCAGUCAGACUCCUCUGACCGCCAGCUUCAGAACCGAGGGCAGGCUCACACCGGAGAGAUGGACACACCUUGUUCUACAGGUUCAUAACAGACAUGUGAGUCUAUUCCUAGAUGGGCUUGAGGAGGAUGGGACCCCGUUUGACACACAGUCUCUGAGCGGCAGGCUCUCUGAUAUCAGCGAGGACGGUGCCAUGUGGGUGGGACUCAGCUCCAACGGGUCUAAUCAGUUCAUUGGCCGGAUGCAGGACUUUAGAUUUUAUCCUGCCACUCUGACCAACAGGGAAAUAGUUGAGGUUUACUCCGGUUUCCUGCCCGAGCUCCAUGCCCAGGCAGAGUGUCGCUGUCCACCCAGUCACCCCAGAGUGCACCCUUUAGUUGAGAGAUACUGCAUUCCCAAUGGUGUUGAGGACACCACCAAUGACAGAGUCCUAAGACUCAACCUAAAUGCCCAUCCACUCAGUUACAUCAAUGAUCAGGACAUGGGCACCACAUGGCUCUCUAAGAUCAUGACUACACAGGAACUGGAUGAAGGACUCACUAUUACCGUGGAUUUGGUGAAUGGACAAUACCAGAUAUUUUACGUUAUAGUUCAGUUUGGCGGGCUCCUGCCUGAGUCCGUUCUGAUCCAAAGACGGAGGCUUGACAUUGCAGAACUUGAGAGUGGCAUUGCCACAGAACAGCCCUGGUUGGACUGGCAAUAUAUGGCCAACAACUGCAGUGUGUUUGAAAUGCAGAACAACGGGCCUUUGCUGAGGCCAGACUCAGUCAACUGUCUGCAGCUGUCCAGCGAUUUACCCUUCUCAGGAGGUAACAUCAUAUUCAGCCUGCUGACCCCGGAGCCAAACCUGCGUCCGGGAUAUAACGAUUUCUACAACACCCCUGCUCUGCAGAAGAUGGCACAUGCCACCCAGGUCAGGAUACACCUGAGUGGACAAUCCAACAGCAGGGCAGCGGGGGUGAACCAGAGACACAGAUACUAUGCCAUCAAUGAGAUCACCAUCAGUGGCAGAUGUGAAUGUCACGGCCAUGCAGACCACUGUGAGACCAGUGUGAAGCCCUACCGCUGUCUGUGUCUGCCUGAGAGCCACACAGAGGGAAACAAUUGCCAACGCUGUGCGCCUCUCUACAAUGACAAGCCAUUCAGGUCAGGUGACCAGCUCCAGCCUAUGAACUGCCGGCCUUGUCAGUGUCACAGCCACGCCCUCUCCUGUCACUACGAUGAGGGAGUCGAUGAACAGCCUGAUGAGCACUAUCGAGGAGGAGGAGGGGUCUGUGACAACUGCAUGCACAACACCACAGGUAAAAACUGUGAGCUGUGUAGAAGUGGAUUUUUCUGGCUGGAGGAAUCUGAUCCCACUUCAGGGGAUUUGUGUCAACCUUGCAACUGUAACACUGCUGGAACAGUCAACAGCAGCAAGGAGUGCUCCGAGGCAGGAGGUCAGUGUCAUUGUAAGGUCGCAGUAACAGGUCGUCGGUGUACAGACUGUUUAUCUGGAUGGUACGGUCUUACCGCCUCGAAUCCAAACGGCUGCACCCGCUGUAACUGCAGUGACCUUGGCAUCAUCAACAACGCAACAGAAGGAGAUCACAGUUGCAACCCGCAUACAGGACUCUGCCAGUGUAAACUCCAUGUCACAGGUCUUUCCUGUGACCGCUGUGAGUUUGGUUAUUGGAACCUGUCCCACCCAGACGGCUGUGUCCCAUGCGACUGUGACCCCCUGGGCUCCUUCAGCCCGUACUGUGAGCCUGAGGGGGGGCAGUGUGAAUGUAAGCCCGGGGUGGGGGGGCAGCGCUGUGAUUCUUGUGGCAGGGGGUCAUAUGGUUUACGACUGGAGGGAUCCUGUGCCCCCUGCAACUGCUCACAAGAAGGGACCGUACCUGGGACAGACUGUGAUCCUCACACAGGACAGUGUGUGUGUAAGGAACAUGUGGAAGGCCGACUCUGUGAAGUUUGCCUUCAUGGUUACCAUACAUUGGAGCAGCGAAACUCCCUGGGCUGUCUGCCGUGUGUGUGUGACACCCAUGGCACUGUGCCCGAGGGUGUAUGUGAUAUGUGGACCGGACAAUGCCCGUGCAGAGAAGGGGUGGAGGGAGCAAGGUGUACCAAUUGUGCCCACAACUUCUACAACAGAAGUUUACAACUCCAAAAUAGGUUGUCCCAAGGCUGUGUGCCAUGUGUCUGUGACCUCAGAGGGAUAGUGGCGGGGUCAGUAUGUGACAGCACCACAGGGCAGUGUGUUUGUGUCCCUACACGUUAUGGAAAGGACUGCAGUAGCUGCCGACCUGGCUUUUACCUCUCUCCAGAUCAGAGUGUGUGUGCGGAGUGUGACUGCCAUCCUAUGGGAGCAGCGCAGCGGGGUUGUCAGAGGCAGACAGGACAGUGUGUGUGUGUCCAUCCUUCAGUGGGAGGGCGGCGCUGUGACCAGUGUCGUGAGAUGUUCUAUGGAUUCAACCCCGGCCUGGGAAGAUGUGAGCCUUGUGCAUGUGACCCGCUGGGCAGUGCCAAUGGUUCAUGUCAUCCAGACUCUGGGAUGUGUGUGUGUAAGCUGCUGGUAACUGGAGACAAGUGUAAUAAAUGUCAACCCGGAGCGAGUCAUUUCGACCCUGAGAAUCACUUCGGCUGCAGUAAAGAACCCUUCCAGCAGCCGGCACCAGUGGGUUUUGCGCUCAGUUAUUCUUCCAUUCGUCUCUCUUGGCACCCACCUGACUCUCCAAACUCCAACAGACUGAACUACACACUCAUCAGGGAUGGACAGUCAGUGCAUACCAUCCAGAGUCACUAUCCUUUCAGCCCUGAAUCAGUUGAAGACACCGGUUUGUUUCCUUAUAACAACUACUCUUACUGGGUAAUAACAGCUAAUGUGGUCGGUGCCGCAAUAAGUGCAGCAGCAUCAUACCAAACUUUAGGUGCACCCCCUGAAGCAGAACACCUCCAUUUAAACCUUGUGGGACGCGCCGGUCCAACCACCGCUAGCUUUAACUGGAGCACACCCAGGAAUGAUACAGGCCCAGUGGAGAGGUUUGUGUUAUCCUCACAGGAGUUUGGUGGGGCAGAGCCUGUCGUUCACUACACAGGCUUAUCAACAGAGGCUGUGGUGAGCGGUCUGAAGCCCUUCACCCAAUACACUGUCACACUGGAGGCUUGCUCUUCUGGGGGGUGCACAUCUACCCAACCACUGUCUCUUCUGACAGCCUCUGCCCCCCCAAGAAACCAACCACCACCCAGAGUCACUGCUACAGGACCGCAUACUCUGAAUGCUUCCUGGGACCCCCCCAGUCAGCCAAAUGGUGUUAUCACGAGGUAUGAGGUCUUUCUACGCGGACCGAUGGAAACACAGAACUCUUCAGGUCCGGCUGAUGAAAAGAGAGUGCUUGUCAGCGCUGGAUGGCUGGAUCUGAGUGUUUCUCCAGAAGCACAGCUAACCAAUAGGAGCACAGUACCACCCCCUGAGAGCAGCACCACUGUAGACGAUCUGGAGGCGUUUUCUACCUAUCAGAUGAGAGUCGUGAGCAUCAAUGUGGCAGGAAGUGUCACAUCAGGUUGGACCACAGCACGCACCAUGGAGGGAGUCCCAGAGUUAAUUGCUCCUCCAGAAGUGACCUCCCUGUCCUCCAGCAGCCUCAAAGUUGUGUGGAGCUCUGCUGAGGGUCGAGGGGUCAUUGCCCGCGGACAGGUCACCGAAUAUCGGGUCAACUUACUCACAGAACAGACCAACAAUCCCUAUGCUCCUCCAGUUAUUAGUCAGGUCUUACACAGGGUGGGCCCAUCGUCACCACCUGUUUAUGUGGUGAAAGGACUGAAGCCUUACCAUGUGUACAACUUCACAGUAACACUCUGCACAAAGACAGGCUGCAUUUCCAGUCUGCCAAGCACAGGACUGACCUUACCAGCAGCUCCAACAGGACUGUCUCCACCUCACUUACAUCCAGUCAAUGAUACCACCAUUCAGAUAGACUGGGACCCCCCAUCCCAACUCAAUGGACCACACCCACUGUAUCAGGUGGAGAGGAUAGAUGUCUCUCUCUCUGAGCCACGGGGUCCUGUUGUCAGAGGAACCAGAUUCUCUGGAAACAGUUUCUACCAGUUUCCCAGUGACACCCUUCCUGCCAACACUGACUUCACAGGUGUUGAGUUGAGUUUCAAGACUCAGUCUCCAGACGGCCUGCUGCUCUGUGCCUUCUCUCCAGGAAGUCAGGAAGAGUUCCUCGCUAUUCAGCUCAAAAAUGGACGUCCAUACUUUUUGUUCGAUCCACAGGGCUCUGCGGUGGCUGUGAGUGUACAUGGUGAUGGGGGGCGCCGCUACAAUGAUGGACAAUGGCACAGCAUCAUAGCAACAAGGCGAGGGGCCGUGGGAACAAUCGUUGUAAACAAUCAAUACAGAGGAAGUGCGUCAGCGUCCAGCGGCAGCACCAUUAUUGGGGAAAACACAGGGAUGUUCAUCGGCGGGCUGCCUGAAGACUUUACUUUGUUAAGGGAGGAUUCAGGUGAUGCUCGGCUAGUGCGACAGGGUUUCUCUGGUUGCCUUAGAGACGUGAGUUUUAAGAUGACUGACGGCCCCUCAGAGGAUUGGAAAUCUCUGGACUGGGCAAAAGCCACAAAUAAGGAGUCAGUGUAUGAAAGCUGGGAGGGAUGCCCUAUUCAAACUGUGGAGGGAGCCCAUUUUCUGGGUCAUGGUUACCUGGAAAUGGACAGAGACGUUUUCAGUGGAGGGCAGGACUUUGACAUUUCUAUGGAUUUCAGAACGGACCAGCUCAAUGCACUUCUGCUCUUUACAUACAACACACAAACUGAAGACUACAUGCUGGUGGAGCUAGAAGCCGGAAUCCUUUCCUUAAUUCUUGCGUCUGAAGGUCACGUGACUGAACUCAGCAUGUGGGUGGGGCUGAGUUACUGCGAUGGAGACUGGAAACAGUUUUCAUUGGCAAAACAUGGCCCGCUCCUUUCUGCUGCAGUUAAUGACUGGGCAGAGGAGACAAGGGGAGUGGGAGGAGCACUGAGGCUGAGAGUGGACUCCCCAUUAUAUUUGGGGGGCGUGCCCAGGGAGCUUAUACACCCGGCUCUUGACAGUCGAAGUCACAAACAUGGCCUGGGAGGUUGUAUCAGGGGUCUCACCGUACGCAGUGAUGAAACAAACCCUCCUGUCAGUCAAAGUGUUAACCUCUCUGUCGCCUCCCGCCGCUCUGUAAGAGUCUACUUAGACGGCUGUCCCAACAGUGAGAGCGGGUACAACUGCAGAGGAAAUGAUUCAGUGUUGGUGUACAGUGGGAGGAAAACACAAGCCAUAGAUCAUAACCUUCAGCCUUUCACUGAGUACCUCUACAGGAUAGUGGCCUUGGCUGCAGGAGGUUGGGCAGCAGGACCUUGGCAGAGGGGACGCAGCCGAAGCAAAGUACCUAGGUCUCUUCCACCUCCUACCUCUGUGCACAGCCUGAAUGGCUUCACUGCCAAGGUGAGCUGGGCCCUUCCCACUGGGGACAUCAGAGGCCUGAUUGACAGAUAUGAGCUGAAUGCCUACAAUAGAGAUCAGCCAGAAGUGCCGCCUGUCAGAGCCGUAUACCUGGCUAAUGGAAAUUACACAGGUGUGCUGCGGGGUCUCACUCCAUCCACUCGAUACAUUGUCACUGUUAGUGCCUGUAGUCCCGUUGGCUGCACUGAGAGUCUUCAUGAUGACAAUGAUGAAGAAAAUGAUUUGAGAUCGAGCCUGACAACCCCGGAGGAAGCUCCAGAUGCCGUCUCUCCCCCGGCUGCAGACUCCUCCCCCUCGUCCCUCUAUAUAACCUGGGAACCUCCAGCAAGACCCAAUGGAGUCAUUACGGAGUACCUUCUCUAUCACAACAACCACAUGGUCUACAGGGGGAAAGAACGACAACUAGACAUCACUGGUCUCCGCGUGUAUUCCACCCAUGUCUUGGUACUGAGUGCAUGCACUUCAGCGGGCUGCACCAACAGUUCCCAAGUUACAAUGCUGACCUCUCAGCUUCCUCCAGGGCCGCUACAUGCACCAACGCUCACCCUGCUUGACUCACGGACAAUUCUGGUGGAGUGGUCCCGUCCCUCUCAGGUAAACGGCGCUCUGGAGUUUUAUUCCCUCUUCCUGUCACCUGACGGUUCAGAGCCUGUGCUCGUCUAUAACAGCUCAGAACUUUUUGAAGACCACACCCUGCGCGACCUUACCCCUGGAACAGCUUACACCAUCACUCUUGCUGCCUGCACAGGAGGUGGAUGUAUAUUAAGCCCCCCCAGCCAGGCUCAGACUGAGGAGAGCACCCCAGAGAACGUUCCUGCUCCGCUGCUCACACCUCUGUCCCCACAUGCACUCAACGUCAGCUGGACACCCCCUGAUACACCAAAUGGCAUUAUAACCAGUUAUGGUCUCUGGCGGGAUGGACGGCUCAUUCUGAACUCCAGUUCCUCCCAGAGGUUCUUGGUGGUGGAGGGCCUCUCUCCGUGGAGCCGACAUGUCCUCCGGCUGCAGGCCUGCACAGCGCGGGGCUGUGGCAAGGGGCCGAUGGUGGAGAUACGUACAUUACAGACAGCCCCAGAAGGCCCCAUACUGCUUGAACUGACCAAUCAGAGCUCUCGAUCCCUCCGAGCCCGCUGGACAGCCCCACCUAGACCGAAUGGGAACCUCAGCUACAAACUGUACUACAAAAGCAAAGAUGGUGAUGGUGUGGUGGAUGGGAGCACAGUGGCUGACAGCUGGUUGUCUGUGACUGAUCUACAGCCGUACACUAACUACAGCUUCUGGAUCAGAGGUUGUAACACACAGGGUUGUGUUGAGAGCCUGCCACUCAAUGUUACUACAACCCCAGCAGCCCCAGAUGGGUUGUCGCCUCCCAGUUUGACCCAUGCAACUAGUUCCAGCCUGAAUGUUUCCUGGUCCGCUCCUGCCCACUCCAACGCACCGGGCCCACUCCGUUACAGCCUGCAAAUGAGGACAUCCCCUCAGAGGCCUGGUGUAAGGCUUGUGGAAAACGCAACAGACACCUUUUCCUACCAUGUAGAGGGCCUCUCACCGUUCACCCAGUACGUGUUCAGAGUUGUGGUCUCACACACUCAUGGGCAGACAGUCGGCCCCUGGGCCACCCUGCGCACCGCUGAGGACAGUCCAGGACCGGUGGACCCUCCAGCUGUUUCUGAGCUCCAUCCCCGAAGUGCAAUAGUAACCUGGGUUCCUCCCUCCCAACCAAAUGGCAUGAUCACCAAUUACACCUUGUACCUUUACCCGAGCUUCAUCUCUUCUUUAGAUUUCAAACCCAGCUCAGUCUCCAGCACCAGCACGACCCUCAGCUCCACAUCAGGUCUUAACCAGAGCCUAUUGCCCAGCACUGAGGCUGCACAUCUCAACUCAAGUCAUGACAUAAUUUCAACAUCCGUUCCUACCACCCCAGACUCAAGACCUGUCUCCAUGUCCACCAUCAACACAGGCAGUAAUAACAGCUCAAGCACCAUCCAAGGCACAAGAACAAAACUGAUCCCUAACCCUUUCUCUAGCAUGAGGCCUGGUAUCACAGAGGAAAACCAAAUCGAGUCCACUGGUGUAAGCAAUACAAGCCAAGGCCCAACUUCCAUCUCCUUCCACCCAAUUCAACCCAAUACAGCCACUGAAAACCAAAGCUCCAGUGUUUCACUCUCACACCCUGAACCCAAUGCCACCAGCUCUGAAAAUAUUCUAAAACAAGACUCAUUCCAAAGCCCUAUUUCCAGUUUAUAUAGUGCAGGAUCAGAUUCAAGUUCAUCCCUUCUGUCAGUCAUUGUUCCCGGGAACACCACCAGCUACACUUUCCUCGACCUGCUGCCAUACCAGACCUACCGCCUCCAGGUGGAGGCGUGCAGCAGUGUGGGUUGUUCAGUGUCUGAGAUGUCUCAGGAAUUUCGUACCCUCCCAGCUCCACCUGAAGGGGUUCCUGCGCCUCACCUUUACUCAGACACCCCCACCUCUGUUCUUUUGUCCUGGGGAGCACCGGAGUCGAACAAUGGACCAUUAGAGCGGUGGCUGAUUGAGCGAAGAGUUGCUGGGACCAAACAAGUCUCCACGGUGGGCCAUCUCCCACCGGACCCUCCACCUCUGUCAUUCCUGGACUCUUCUUCAGCUCUCAGUCCCUGGACCAGCUACCAGUAUCGACUUGUGCUCCACAAUCAGGCUGGCAAUACCACCGGGCCUUGGGUCAAUAUCACCACCAGACCUUCUCGUCCAGCCGGACUCAAUCCACCAAGAGUGAAGGUUUUGGGGCCACAGUCACUUCAGGUCACAUGGUCCCCUCCUCUUAUUCCCAACGGAGAAAUCCAUGGCUAUGAGAUCCGCCUCCCAGAACCCCGCAUCUUCCAUGACAGUGGCAAUGCUUCGGCGCUCAACAUCACAAUAAAGGACCUUAUUCCAUACACAAACUACAGUAUCACUUUGUUGUCUUGUUCCAAUGGCGGUGGACAUGUAGGGGGAUGUACAGAAAGCCUGCCCAUGCCCGCUACCACAUUACCCACAAUCCCUGAAGGCCUUGAACCCCUGUCUGUGGUGGCAGUGAGUGAGUCCUUCCUGGCUAUUUCCUGGCAACCACCAAGCAGGCCCAAUGGACCUAACAUCAGAUACAAGUUGCUCAGACGUAAAACCCACCAGCCCCUGGCCAUCGCCACGGUCCCCACGGUAACAGCCGUGUCCCCUCCCCCCUCUGAAGAUCUCCAUCGCUGGCUCCAUGUUUACUCCGGCACCAAAUUGUUCUACCAAGAUAAAGGCCUAAGCAGAUUCACCCGUUACCAGUACCAGUUAGAGGUUCAUAAUGACGUGGGCUACUCUUCAGGAGAGAUUGUUGAGGCUGUCACCAUGGCGGGGGUUCCCCACCACCCUCCAUCUCUGUCUGCCCACGCUGUCAAUCACACUGCUGUCCAGGUCGACUGGACACAACCCUCUUUACAAGACCUACAGGGAGAGGUGGAUUCAUACUUUCUGACAAUAGCAUCUGCACAGUCAAGUCAAAAUGUGACCUUUCCCCGUGAGAUCAUCUCCACAGUGAUAAGUGAUCUUUGGCCCAGCACCACAUAUGUGUUGUCAAUUCAGGUGUCAAACGGAGCACAUAAUACAACAAAGGCAUCAGUAAACGUCACCACAGAAGAUGGAGAGCCAGAAGGGAUGUCGGCCCCAGAGGUGGUUCCAGUUAACAGCAGCACAGUGCGUGUGCUCUGGUUCCCUCCUCUACAGCCCAAUGGAGCAGUCACUGGUUACUACAUCUACCUGAAUGACCUUCUUCAUGGCAGCGUAGACAACAGCUCAGGAUCCUACCUGCUCGGAGACCUGCUGCCUUUUACUGUCUACAACGUACAGGUAGAGGUGUGUACUGUGUAUGCAUGUGUGCGGAGUAAUGUUACUCAAACCACCACUGUGGAGGACCUGCCUGCCGACCUGGCCACGCCGCACGCACAUGUGAUCAGUCCCAGAGUGGUGAGGUUGGACUGGUCUGGUCCAGGCAGACCCAGUGGGAUCAUGCUGGGCUAUGAUGUCCUAAGACGGACCCUGAGGUCAUGUGCCGUCACGUCAACAGGGGUCACUGCGGGGGAAGGGUCAGGUGGUGUAAAGUUCAGAUGUUCAUACCUGCAGUGUCCUGCCUUGCAUGGUGUGUGUGGGACGUCCUGCUUCCAUCCUGACACUCAGGUUUGCUGCAGUGGAUUAUUGAACACUAAGAAAGCACAUCAUCAUUGCUGCGAGGGCAGUUACCUGACUUUGAGUAAUUCCUCCAGUCCAGUCUGCUGCAAUGGCAAACUGCUCCCAGCUCUCCCUGACCACCAGUGCUGUGGAGGAUACUAUGUUCAUGUAAAAAACAAUGAGAACUGCUGCCCUGACCCCUCGCAGGGCCGGGUCUCUGUGGGGAUGGGUGACAGCUGCUGUGGGGGGGUUCCUUACUCCACAAAAGGCGGUCAGCUCUGCUGUCGUGGGAGCCUCCAUGACGGCUAUGGGGUACGAUGCUGUGGAGGCCAGAUUGUAGAUGAUACACUGGUGUGCUGCGAUGAUGCCCAGAGGGGGGAAGUGCAUAUAUAUACCCCAGGUUUCAUCUGCUGUGGGCAGGAGUAUAUCAACUCUUCAACCUCGCUUUGCUGUGUUGGUAAAGACGGAAAUCCCAGCAUGCACCCUGCUGGCAAUGAGACGGUGACACUGCAGUGCUGUGGGUCAAAGGUCAUACAUCAGGAAGAGGAAUGCUGCAAUGGAAUUGGCUAUGACCCUCAACGACACGUGUGUGCUGACAAACCCACACCCGGCCUGCUGAUACAGCGCCAGUGUAUGCAGGGCGCCGUUUGUCCUGUAGCCGCAGCCUCUACAGCUUACUGUGGCUCUUGUGACCUCGAUCCAUCUACGACCGCCUGCACAUGGCUCCUGUCUGCUCACACACAGCCUGACACACCCAACGCAACAGACUCACCUUCCAUCAACAUCACUCAUGAAGCUCUCUCUCAGGGUCUGUCUCCACAUGCAAACAGAAGUCAUAAUACAUUCAAAAUGGCAUACGAGAACCUGCAACUUGAUGGGAGCCUGUGCGCGUCACAUGAGGAAGUUGUGUACAGCGGAGAUGCCAAAAGAUACACCUAUACAGACUCAGUCCUGGAGCCCUUCACCACCUAUGAGUACAGAGUGAGAGGCUGGAACAGCUUCGGACGAGGCUCCAGUGAUGUUACAACAGUGAGCACCAGUGAAGACAAACCGUGGGGAGUGGCACCUCCUCGCUGGAGUCGCUUAGGUGAACGAGAUGACAUCAUCCAGUUGCUAUGGCAAGCACCCGCCAGGCCUAAUGGUGACAUCACCCACUAUGUUAUACUGCGGGAUGGACAGGAGCGUUACCGUGGUGAUGAGACCAGUUUUACUGAUGUGGGGGGGAUCAGGCCUUUCCAGGAGUUCAGCUACCAGCUGAGGGUCUGUAACCGGGCCGGUUGUACUGACAGUACACAGGUGGUGGCAGUGACAAUCCAGGGAGUCCCAGAGGGCGUGCAGCCUCCUGUGGUAACAGCUUUAAGCCCUUCCUCCCUCCAUGUAAGCUGGUCUGAAGCGACUCGUCCCAAUGGAAAAAUACAACGCUCCCACCUAAACCAGACUGGUGUAGGAACCAUAUUUACACACAUCAGUGGGCCCAGAAAUUAUACUGUGUUUGGUCUGCAGCCGUACACAGACUACAGUUUUGUGCUGGUGGGCUGCACAGCUGUGGGAUGUGGAGCCAGCUCACCUUCCACAGGACGCACCCUGCAAGCCCCCCCUGCCGGUGUAUGGACAAGCCCCAGACAUCUGAUAAUAAACACAUCUGCAGUGGAGCUGUACUGGGAUCAGCCCCCCCGACCUAAUGGACACAUCUCCCAGUACAGACUGAACAGAGACGGUCACACUAUUUUUACCGGAGACCACCGUGACCAGAAUUAUACCGACACUGGACUCGUGCCAAACCGCAGGUAUGUGUAUGAGCUGCAGGCCAGCACAGGGGGUGGGACCGGUGUGAGUGACAAAUAUGUUAUACAAACACCAGUCUCUUGCCCCACUGGGAUCCAACCUCCCCACAAUGUGACAGUGUUGGGCCCCCACUCCGUCUCUCUGGCCUGGACCCCUCCUGCUCAGCUCCACAGCAGUCAGCCUGUAAACUACAACAUCCUGUUAAAUCCAGGAAGUGACAACGCCUUAAUGCAUCAUGCUGGCCCAGACCUUCACCUCACUGUGACGGGUCUACAGCCAUUCACCGCCUUCUACAUCAGAGUGCAGGCCUGUCAGAGUGAUGGGUGUGGAGUUGGAGGGGAAGUGUAUAUUCGUACCUUAGAGACGGCCCCAGAAGGUCUGCUGCCCCCCACUGUGAAGGCAGCUGGAGCCAGUGUCCUGGAGAUCCACUGGUCACCCCCACAACAACCCAACGGAGUCAUCACAUCCUACCAUAUAUACAGGCGUCCAGUAGGAACAGAGGAGGAGCUGCUGGUGUUCAUCUGGUCCAGUGGGCCACUUGAAUUUUUCGAUGCCAGCCCCGCCCUGCGCCCCUUCAGCUUCCUCCAGUACAGGGUCCGCUCCUACAACUCCAAAGGCUCCGUGCUGAGCCAAUGGGCUUUAGCUCAGACCCUACAGGCCGAACCACAAGAUAUGGCCCCUCCCACUGUCACGCCCACUGGCGCAUACUCAGCCCAUCUGAAAUGGAGUGAACCGGGGCAGCCCAACGGUCUCAUUUCCCAUUAUAGACUGGUUUACAAGAAGCACCAACAGGACCCAACGCUCAACUUAACUGCUGUUACUGCUCUCACUGUGGAGGGUUCAGUCUUAGAAGCAACAGUCUAUGGUCUUGAACCGUACAGUCAGUAUAGUCUACGAGUGGAAGCUGUGAACGAGGCAGGCAACGUGUCCAGUCCCUGGGUCUCCAUCAGGACUCUGGAGGCUUCUCCUGCUGGCCUGGCUAACUUCACGGUGGAGCAGAGAGAGCAGGGCAGGGCCUUACUGCUGAACUGGGAUCAGCCACAUGCUCCAAAUGGAAUUAUCACGAUGUACAACUUGUACAGUGAGGGGAACUUGGAAUUCAGCGGCUUAUCACGCAACUUCCUGUUUCGCCGUUUGGAGCCAUGGACCAUGUAUACUUUGACUCUUGAAGCUUGCACCUUAGCAGGCUGCACACGCACCCCUCCCCAGCAUGUCACCACCGCAGCAGCUCCACCUGCUUCCCAGCCCCCUCCCAGGCCUCUCUUGGUUGGCCCAGACCGUGUGUCCCUUACCUGGGGCCCUCCCUCUCAGACCAAUGGGCCAAUCGGAGAGUAUUCUUUAAUUGGGAGAAGUCUGGAGGAAUUCGGCAGGGAAAGAAGUAAUGAAGACGAUGUUGACAGAGGAAAGGUGCUGUUCAGAGAACCAUCCCCACAACAUGCUGACAGCUUCUCGUAUACAGUGACUGGUCUGCGUCCCUGGACACGCUACGAGUUCAGCGUCCAGACUCACAACCCUGCCGGACACACCCGCAGCCCCUGGGUAACCGUGACAACCAAACAGGCUUCCCCUCGAGGUCUGGCUCCCCCGACAGUGAGUCACCUCCAAGGCCAGCCCAGUAAGGUGUUGGUUGCCUGGUCUCCCCCAUUGGAGCCCAAUGGGAUACUUCAGUCCUACAGGAUUCAGAGAAACAAUGUCAGCUUCUCCUUUAGUUUUGACCCUACUGUGCUCAGCUACACAGACGAAGACCUCCUGCCAUUUUCAACAUAUAGCUACUCCAUUAUAGCGUGCACGUCUGAGGGGUGCAUCAACAGUCCUCACACAAACAUCACAACUCUGCAGGCUCCACCUGCGACAGUUGAAGCUCCCGCAGUGGACAGCAUCACAUCCAACAGUUUGAACAUUUCCUGGAGUAAACCACUGACACAGAAUGGAGAGGUCACAGAAUAUGUGCUGAAACUGAACAACCAGGAAAUUUAUCGUGGGAGAAACCUACAUACAGUGUUGUCUGAUCUGCAGCCACACACGUCAUAUCAUCUGGUCCUUUCAGCUUGUACCAGCGGUGGGUGCACCAGCAGCGACCGAAAAUCAGUUGUGACCGGGGAGGCUCCUCCCACUGGCUUAAUUCCCCCGACUCUUAAGGUCACUGGUCCAGAGUCAGUGGAGGUUAGCUGGAGACAACCAGAGCACCCUAAUGGCAUCAUCACGGGAUAUGAACUCCGCAGAGAUGGUGAAGUUAUCUAUGUCGGCACAGAGACCCACUACCACGACUUUACACUUCUGCCAAGCGUAGAAUACAGCUACGUUGUGAGGGCCAACAACAGCAAAGGUGCAGCGAGCAGCGCGGCAGCCUCAGCAAAGACUCCCCCGUCAGCUCCUUCUGGGGUCGGUCUGCCCACACUGACACCUCUGGGACCAAGCCAGUUGCGGGUAGAGUGGAGUACUCCGGCCCGUCCCAAUGGAGACAUUUUGAGUUACACCGUGCAUCAGAGAGAUCCAGUCCAUCUCAGCAGCUCCAGCACUGUGUUCACUCCAGAGGACGAGGACUUCUCUGCUCGACACACCACUCUGCAUGGGCUGGCUUCUUACCACAGGUAUGAGGUGAGGGUGGAGGCGUGCACAGCGCUUGGCUGCUCCGCCAGUGACUGGUCCUCUGUACUCACUCUGGAGGCUCCCCCUGCUGGACAAACAGCGCCACUGUUAGACCUCCAGCCUGACGCACACACAGGCCUGCAGACCACCUUUCUGCUCACCUGGUCCCCUCCAGCUCAGCCUAAUGGUAGAGUCCUUCACUACGAGGUGUACCGCAAACUAGACCAUACCACUGAUACCCUCGGACGUGAAGCAGCGACACUUGUCUACUGGAACGCCUCUACCACCUGCAGAGAUGAAGCACUCCAGCCAUAUACUGUAUAUCAGUAUCAGGUGUGGGCGGUGAAUUCGGCCGGUCGGUCUGCCAGUCCGUGGGCCAAUGGGAGAACAGGACCUGCCCCACCUGAGGGUGUAGGCCCACCUAUUUUCCUUCGUGUUUCAGCGACCUCAGCAGUAGUGAAGAUCCGCCCUCCAGCACGACCCAACGGGAUUGUUAGCCUUUACCGAGUGUUCUCAGUGAACCACAACAACCACACUCUGCUUUCAGAGGGGACAUCCCAUCAGCAGACACUCCAUGGUUUACGUCCCUACACCCAGUACUGGGUAGGAGUAGAGGCCUGCACCUGUUAUCAGUGCUGUAGCCAGGGUCCUCUGAGUGAGCUGCAGACCCUGGCCGCCCCCCCGGACCACCAGCCUCCCCCCCGCCCCGUCACCCUGACGACCCGCUCUGUGCAGCUGGAGUGGGACGAGCCUCUGGCACCUAAUGGAGUCAUUGAGAGCUGUGAGCUACAUCUCAGAUCACCUUGCCCGCAGCCCCUCCAGCCUGUACCCCUCCCUUGUGCCGAAGGACCAAUAGAAAUCUGUUUCUUUGGGAAAAGGCGGAGCUACAAUGUGACAGGUCUCCAGCCGUACUCCACCUAUCAGCUGAGAGCUGCCUGCUUCAAUAAAAUGGGCAGCACUGCCUCCAACUGGACGACUGUUACCACACUCAGCGAAGCCCCCCAGUAUGUGUCUCCCUUCUCGGUGGGCAGCAACCUGACAGUCAUCUGUCUGGACUGGACCGAGUCCUUCUCCCUGAACGGGUACCUGAAGGAGUUCAGUGUGACCGAGAGCCAGCUGAGGGUCUACACCGGCUUCUACAGCUAUCUCCAUGUUCCACGCAUCUCGCAGAAAACUCUGUCCUUUCAGGUGACGUGUACCACAGACAGUGGCAGUGCCAGUACUCCCACCAUCAGAUAUAGCCCUGCCACAGGCCUAGGUCCUGUUGAGCCUGAAGACAGUGGUAAAGAAGGCAUCAGCAUGUCAGCAGCACCAGUUUACUCUGAGCUGUGGUUCAUCUUGUUGUUGUCUCUGCUGGGUCUGUUUCUGCUCGCCCUGCUGCUGGGCCUCCUGCUACAAAGAGCCCUGAGGAAGAAUCCCUCAGCCAGAGAGCGCCCCCCGCUGGUCAUGCUGCAGAAGAACAGGAAGGCUGGAGGAGAGGUGUACACGGGGUCCUGUCCUGAGUUGUGCUCUAAGCAUCUCUCCAGCUCUGUGUUCCUCCCUGACCGUCCCACAGGUCUGACAGACACAAAGAUAGUGGGCAGCCCCAUGUCUGUCCUGAGGGUCCCGAGCCAGACAGACCUGGCCUACUCCCAGCAUUCCUUGCACCGCAGCGUCAGUCAGCUGAUCGACAGGAAGUCACUGAUGAUGGAGGAAGGAAGCUGGGACAACCCACUGGGACAUGACUCUGGACUGUAUGUGGAGGAGGAUGAGUUUGUGGACGCCAUCAAAGCCUUAAGAUCUGGGAAAAAGGAGCACACCAUGUUCACUGACACUCAUCUUUAGAAACCCUACGUCUCAUCAGGUAUCACAGUCACCUUUUAAACCAAGUUUUAAACCAAAACAUAAAUCCUAUUCGGUAUCAGCUGAAUACCAGGCUUUAGACAAUUAUUGACAAUGCUUGAAAUAUAAAGUCUUAAAUAUAAUGUAAGGGAAUUAUUCACCAUUGAUAAACAAUAAUUACUUUUCAUUUGAAGUAUCUCAAUAUUGUGCUUCUACAGUGUUACUAAUAUUUUAAUGAUCAAACAAAGUCAGAUUUAGACUCCUGAGGGGAAGGGAUGGUAAUGUUUGCUUUACUUCAUCUUAAACUAUUUUACACAGGUGUUUUACAAAACCGGUGUAUGACUCUCUGUUGGGACUAAUAGUCUGAACUUGAGUGAAGGAAGGGAUCCAACAUCCAUGAAAACAGAUCAGACAUGAACCCCGUCAGCUGAGAUUGUGUAGGUUAUGAGUCAUACAGCUGCAUAGCUUAUGAGUAUCCAUAUCUGGAUUGUAAUUAUACAAUAUCAUAUAUCUUAAAUCCUGCUCAAAAGAACCAGAUUGAGAGUUGGAAAUGAUUGUGUUACUGUGUCUGCUUGCCAACUGUUAGUAUAUUUUAAAGCAGAUUCGUUUUUCUCACUAUUUAAAUCUAAACCAGUCUCAAAUAAUAUCAAAGGUUUCCGUCACCUCUUCUGCUUCAUGACGUUAUUGUGCCUAGCAAUCUUUUAGUUGUAAAAAGACACAUGGCCUUGGUGUUAGUUUUAUGGACAAAAAAAUGCCAACUGUUUUUAUUAUUAUGAAUGUGUUAAAAUGUGGCUGGGAAUCACAGAUGUGCCGUCAGACUGUUGUUAUUAUGUGAUGUGACUUGAGCGCCCGAUCUGAGAUUUUUUUGUACAGUAUCAGUUGUUGAUUUAAAUUGACAAGAAACUAUAUAGAGAGUUUAAGUUUUGUUUAAAUGUAGGGAAGCUGAAUGUGUUUGGUUUCAUAUUUCAGCUGUCAGUGUUAGUCAGAUUCAGUGUUGUUUAUCUGUGGCUUAAUUAGUAUUAUCAAGAAUGCAAUCAUCUUCAGAAAGAUAAACAGAUCUCAGCUACUUCCUGUGUUGGUGUUACAGCAGGAAUGAACCCUGGGUAUUUGUGGACUCCACAGAUUAAGCCUUUUAAUGUUCAGAAGCUAAACAUGAUAGAAACAGUAUUUAUCAGAAUGUUGAAUUUCUGUGUAACGUUGAUGUCUUAAAUUGAAGCCUUCUGUAUUGUUAUAAUAACAUUUUCUUUUUUUACACUGGCAGUAUUAUUUAUGGUUGUUGUA